AUGGCCUGGCUCACCCGCGCCCUUCUCCUUGGACUAUUUGCUCAACUCGCCAUCUCAAAGACGAGCAACAAGGACGAACCACAGCCAGCUCCCGUACCCAACGCCAAAGACGGCAAGAACCUCACCAACGAACAAAUGGACAAGUCCCAAGUCGUCUACACCUCCAACACCACCUUCUCGGAUUCCAACAGUAUCCCACCCACCAACGGGUGGUGGUCCUCCAACAUUUGCUCCCAACAAACCUACUGCAUCUACACCAAUCUUGGUCUGGGCCACGGGCGAGGCAUCGUGUUGCUCACCAAAUAUGCCGAUUUUCAGAAUAUUGCGCGGUUAGAUCAACAUCUCGAUGAAGCCGAGGACCGGAUCGAGGCUUUCACUACCAGGACCACCACUCCAGAAAGAGCGGAAGCAACCGGAGCAAAAGGGAAAGAAGACAGACAACGAGAAGAAGAAAAGCCCUUUUCAGAAAGUUUCAUCCUCUCCAAAGGCCCCGGACUAACCGCCACCAUUCCCCUUCGGCGCGGCAAGCCCUUGAUGAGCGCCGCCCCAGCGCUCUUAGUCCACAAGGACUUCUUCGCCGAUAUCUGGCGCAAAUCCGAGCGAAACAAGUUACUCGAGAAAGCCGUCUCCUUCCUCCCUCCCGCAACGCGUGAAGCCUUUGACAAACAACGCACCACCCUCCUCUCCCCAGACCAAAAAGAAAGAACCAUCGAGCAAAUCCUCCUCGCCUCCCCCUUUGAAAUCGACCUCGGUUCCAAUUCCUACACCCCUCUCGGCCAAGAAUCACUGCAAGCCAACCACUCAAAGCACUACAUCAACUACCCAUCCAUGUCCCUCUUCACGCACUCCUGCCGACCUAAUAUCGCAUUCCACAUCGACAGGACCUUAGCUCUGCGGACGACCGUUGCUCGCAAAGUUGCUCCCGGGGAGGAAUUAUCCAUCGCUUAUAUCGACCCCUUGCUUCCGCGCAAAGAAAGGCAAGAGUGGGUAGGGAAGUACCGUCCCUCCUCCUCCUCCUCCCCUUCCCCAUCUCCAUCCCCCUAUUGCCCGUGCCCCUCUUGCACAGGCCAUUCCCCCUCUCUCUCCAAACCCCACGGCAACCCCCACCCCUCCUCCCCCAUGAGUCCCUCCCAAGAACUUUCCACCUCCUCCGCCCGCCUCGCCUCCCUACACCGCAUCCGCUCCUUACUCCGCAACCACGACUCCCCCGCCGUACCUCCAGAAACAAUCGAGUACUUCCUCAAGCUACACCUCGAAGAAGGACUGGAGAGUAAAAUGGCGGAAGCGUACGAGUUGGCUGCCACCAACUAUAAUUACCUCGGACAAGAAGACGACAAAAAAGCAAAGAAGUAUGCCGAGUUGGCGGUGCAAGCGGCUAGGAUUGAACACGGAAAAGAUGCGAAUGAGGUGGUGGCUAUGAGGAUUAUGGCGGGGGAUGUGAGGGGGCAUUGGAGUUGGGGGUAUAAGGUUCGAGGCGUGGAGUGUGCCAAGUCCCCGCGUGGCCAAGCGUUUGACUGA